AUGCAAUUAAAUGUACGUGAAAAACUAAUUCAAAGACAAAUUAUGAACUUAUCUCAAGAUACAUUUAUUGAAAAUGAAACAUUAACUAUUGAAUAUGAAUCAAUUUUAUUAAAUGAUUCAAGAAUUAAUAUUAAACAAAAUAAUGAAGCAUUUAGUUUAUUUAUCAAAGAUUUACAAUUAUCUGAUCAAAGAGUUUAUUCACUUGAAAGUAAAUAUUUAAUAUUAGAUACAUCAUUUAUUAAUGUUCUACCUAAACCACAACAACCAACUGUUCAGAUUGAACAUGAAGAAACAACAAUUACUAUUCAAGUACUCUUAUACGAGAAUAAAUUUCAGUUUGGUAUUGAUUUUUUCUUUAGCCAAAUGCAACUUUUGUUGAUACUGAAGAUAGAUACAACUGAGAAAAUAACAAUAACACAACAACCAGCAGAAUAA